UCAGGCGGCAUUGCCAGACUAGCGCUUCGGAUUUUCCGCUUCUCUCCUCGCAGCAGUUUCUGCCCUGGGCCAUGUCGGAAACCGCUCCCGCUGAGACGGCCGCGCCGGCGCCGGUGGAGAAGUCUCCCGCCAAGAAGAAGGCAACCAAGAAGGCGGCGGGCGGUGGCGCUGCGAAACGCAAAGCUACCGGCCCCCCGGUGUCCGAGCUCAUCACCAAGGCCGUCGCCGCCUCCAAGGAGCGCAACGGCCUCUCCCUGGCCGCGCUCAAGAAGGCGCUGGCGGCCGCCGGCUACGACGUGGAGAAGAACAACAGCCGCAUCAAGCUGGGCCUCAAGAGCCUGGUGAGCAAGGGCACCCUGGUGCAGACCAAGGGCACCGGCGCCUCGGGCUCCUUCAAGCUCAACAAGAAGGCGGCCUCCGGGGAAGCCAAGCCCAAAGCCAAGAAGGCGGGCGCGGCCAAGCCCAAGAAGGCGGCCGGGGCCACCCCUAAGAAGCCCAAGAAGGCCGCGGGGGCCAAGAAGGCGGUCAAGAAGACUCCAAAAAAAGCCAAGAAGCCUGCAGCCGCUGGUGUCAAAAAGGUGGCCAAGAGCCCCAAGAAAGCCAAAACUGCUGCGAAGCCCAAGAAGGCGGCCAAGAGCCCCGCCAAGCCCAAGGCCGUGAAGCCCAAGGCGCCCAAGCCCAAAGCCGCUAAGCCCAAGGCAGCCAAGCCGAAGGCUGCCAAGGCGAAGAAAGCGGCUCCGAAGAAGUAGGAAGUUCGCCUUCAAGGCGACAAAACCCCAAAGGCUCUUUUCAGAGCCACCCAAAU